AUGGGCCACGCCAUCAGGCAUGUGUAUCGCUGCAUCCACCAACAACACAGAACCGAUUGGCCACACUGGAGAGACUGUCGCAAUUAUAGAGACUUUGACCCUGCCACCAACACCUUGAUCGAAGUGGCUAUUCCGGUCCCAGUUGGGUCCACUUCCAAGCAAGUCACAUGGAUCCUUUCGGCUGCACGGGAAGCAGGAAUUCCCAAGCCCUAUGCUGUUGCUGAGCCUGCUGCUGCGUCUGCCUAUCAUUUUCAGAAAGCUUUUGAGCGGUCCAGACACGUGCAACUACCGAUGGGGAGACUAGUUCUGAUCUUGGACAUCGGGGCCGGCUCAGCAGACCUUCAGGCAUUCCUGGUGCAGGGUAUAAGCCCACUGCGUGUUCAAGAGGUCUUCGCCGGAGCCACCGAAUGGUGCGGUGGUACAUUUGUGAACCAAAUUUGCAGAUCAAUGAUGGCUAGAGUGAUCCGAGACCCUGCUGUUGUCCUGGCCUCUCUUGCUCAGCACGGGUAUCAUAUGACGAUGGAUGAGCUGCUGGCUGAAAUUGAGGAGGUCUUUGACAAGCAAAAACGAACCUUUUCUGGUACAGAGCAUGUGGUCUUGCCCAUUCGUGGGCUUCCGAACAUGCCAGCUUUCAAGAUGAGCUCCGAAAAAGGCAUCGACCUGGAGCCGGAGGAGGUGAGGGCCAUCUUUCAGCCUUCGUUCACCACCCUCAACGGAAUGAUGGUCAACGCUCUCCAAGAGAUCACCGCAAAGAUAAUGUCACUGGGUUUGAACGGCCAGAGAAUCGACGAGUUGCUGCUGGUAGGGGGUGGGGGCUUCAGCGAAUACGUGCGGUAUUGGCUGACAGGGCUUUGUCAGACCACGGGGCAGUUCAUUUGUGGGUAUCCUAUACCUGUGAGGAUGCCAAAUGACCCAACGGCGUCGAGCUCGACCAGCGUCUCGUUCGGAUCCCUUCUUCUCUUGGCUGACAAAGCCUUUGUGUCUGAACGAAUCAUCAGACGUGGCUAUUGCUUUGCCUGGGACAACCCCGUUGCUGUACUCACACAACCUCUUGAUCCCCAACAACCAACACUGAUCGACCCGCAUGACGGCGCUCAACGUGCUGAGAAGGUGACCAAAUUUCUCAUUCGAAGUGGAGAGACUGUGCCUCUACGACACGUGGUAUUCGAGCGUGGUUGGAGAGGGCUUUUCCCGGACGAAGCGAAGGACGAUGGGUGGUGGUUUGAAGAGCAACUAUUCUGGUCCGAGACCAUAACUCAAAAUGAUCUCUGGGUCCACAGGCCGGGCAUCGAUCUUCAUGGCAUGGAACCACUGGUUUUUAAUAUUCCCAGGCUACCAACCACCAACUUUGAGGAAAAGACUUCUCCGGACGGCCGCUUGUGGUACCACAUCGAAUACGAGAUUCGUCUUUCUCUUGACGGGUUUGACAUGGAAUUUGAGCUGAUCAUACCACGAUCCGGCAAGUUUCAAGAUGUGCCGGAAGGUUGUGGUGAGGAUGCAUUUCGGUCUCGGGGACGUUAUGAUUGUGCCGGAGUAUUUUAUCUCUUGAAUAGAGCUUGA